AAAAAAAAAAAAAAAAUCCCUUAAAAAAAAGAAUAGUGCUGAGAAUUCCCAGGAGCAAGAGAGAAAGGGAGGCAGAAGCCGGUUCAGCCUCGAAGCGGGGGCCUUGGGCUGCGGACGAGCGGGGAGCCCGCGCCGAAAGGAGGAGGCGGGGACCUCGGUGACACCCCUGGAAUGGGCCUCGGAGCGCCCGGGAAGGUGUGGACGCGGGAGCUCUGAGUGAUAAGCUGAGCCGUGGCCAUUAGCACAGGACGUUGCAAACCGAACUUCACUGGGAGGAACGCCUGAGAGAACGCUGGCCUCACACCAGCCAGCAGCUUCUCACCGCCUGCCCUUCCCUGUGCGGAGGGGGUCUGUCCCGCAUCCCCUCCAGUCUUCCAUCUGCCUUCACCUCCAGCACUGACAGAUCUUCUUGGCAAAGCUGCCUCCAAAGAUUCCUGCUAACGCUUGUCUGUUCCUGCCUCUUGCAAAGCAUGGCGCCCACAGCAUCUUAAACCCAGAUUGUCUGCAGCGGCUCCGGUGGACACUGCAGCUUUCCCUUCCUCCCUCUGGACUCCGGGAGCUGCGCCCGUCCUAGCGAUGCCCUCGGGAGCCUCGGCCCCAGCUGGAUGAGACCCUUCCGGAGCAGGACCCGACCUUGCCAGCCACCAAGACUCCCACGGUGCCCUCCACCACCUCCCAUGUCUGGCUGCCCAGGCAGGUUCUAGAAUGUCUGUGCCCCAGAUCCGAGUAGAAGACGCAGCCAGUGGGGAAGAAGGGCCGGCAGGAGCAGCCCCGCCUCCCGACGACCACCUCCGGAGCCUGAAGGCCCUCACGGAGAAACUGAGGCUGGAGACCCGCAGGCCCUCCUACCUGGAAUGGCAGGCCAGGCUGGAGGAGCAGACGUGGCCCUUCCCGAGGCCGGUGGCCGGGCAGCGGGGCCGCGUGGAGGAGGAGCCCUCGCUCCCCCCAGGAGCACCCAGGCGGCAUCCUCCACCUAAUGGGAUGGCCAGCCAGGACGACGGGGCCCCGUCCACUGGCAAGCUGGAGGGCUUUGAGAGCAUCGACGAAGCGAUAGCCUGGCUCCGGAAGGAACUGACGGAGAUGCGGCUUCAGGACCAGCAGCUGGCCCGGCAGCUCAUGCGCCUGCGCAGUGACAUCCACAAGCUGAAGAUCGAGCAGACCUGCGACCUCCACCGGCGGAUGCUCAACGACGCCACCUACGAGCUGGAGGAGCGAGACGAGCUGUCCGACCUCUUCUGCGACGCCCCGCUCGCCUCCUCCUUCAGCCUCUCCGCGCCACUCAAGCUCAUUGGGGUCACCAAGAUGAACAUCAACUCCCGCAGGUUUUCUCUGUGCUGAGAAGCCCUAGACGGGGCGGUGGAGCCGGAACGAGGGUUU